CACUCUGGCAACAGGCAGUGUUGGGCCUUAGUGGGGUUUAUGCAGGAGGACCUGCAGGCCCUCCUCUGUGGGAGGAGGCCAUGGUUGUCCUUCGCACACAGCUGAUUGCCCACCACAGGGCAUGACUGGGCCUGUCAGGAGGCUCUGUGGUGCCUCUGUGAAAAUGGCUUUGAGAAAGGGGUGAAAUGAUAUGCAGGUCGAGAGGAGUGAGGAGAGCUGCGUGGAAAAUAGUACUGUGCACAGUGAGGUCCGAGUGGGAGGUGUUCUAGACCCUUUGUUUCCCUGCAGCCUGUGGGGAGACCAUGGUGGAGCAGGUGAAAUGUAUGGUGGAGAAGUACCUGUAAGAGCCUCCUCGUCUUUGUCCUGCCAUUCAGGGAAGGAAAUAGAGGAAUGAAGGGAGUGAAGUUGAGCCUGAAAAGAUUGAGGGAAGCUGGGAGCAGAGUGUGUGUGUGAAAGUACUUGCUGUUUGCUGUAAGACGGCAACUCCAAACUAACAUGGCAGUCAGACUGUGUGAUGUGGCUUCUCUGCUUAGAAGUGGUUCGUGGGCAGCAGAGCCUUGGACUGGGCAGGUAAUUGCUGCCAUGGAAACACAACUGUCUAAUGGACCAACUUGCAAUAACACAGCCCAUGGUUCAAACACUAUAAACAAUUGCUCUUCACCAAUUGAUUCUGGAAACACAGAAGACAGCAAGACUAAUUUAAUAGUCAACUACCUUCCACAGAGCAUGACACAAGAGGAGCUGAAGAGUCUGUUUGGCAGCAUUGGUGAGAUAGAGUCCUGCAAGCUUGUCAGGGACAAAAUAACAGGACAGAGCUUGGGUUACGGUUUCGUGAACUAUGUUGACCCCAAGGAUGCCGAAAAAGCUAUCAACACACUGAAUGGAUUGAGACUUCAAACUAAAACAAUAAAAGUUUCCUAUGCGCGACCAAGUUCCGCUUCUAUCAGAGAUGCAAACUUGUAUGUUAGUGGACUUCCCAAAACGAUGACUCAGAAAGAACUGGAACAACUCUUCUCCCAGUAUGGACGCAUUAUUACUUCUCGUAUUUUAGUUGACCAAGUCACUGGUAUGUCAAGAGGUGUGGGGUUUAUCCGAUUUGACAAGCGUAUUGAGGCAGAAGAAGCUAUCAAAGGCUUGAACGGCCAGAAGCCUCCAGCUGCUACAGAGCCCAUUACUGUGAAGUUUGCUAACAAUCCAAGCCAAAAAACCAAUCAGGCCAUCCUUUCCCAGCUGUACCAUUCUCCAAACAGAAGGUAUCCAGCACCUCUAGCUCAGCAGGCUCAACGUUUUAGGUUGGACAAUCUGCUCAACAUGGCUUAUGGAGUAAAGAGUAGGUUUCCCCCCAUGACCAUCGAUGGAAUGACCAGUUUGGCUGGAAUUAACAUACCUGGACAUGCAGGAACCGGAUGGUGCAUUUUUGUGUACAAUUUGGCCCCUGAUGCUGAUGAGAGUAUCCUCUGGCAAAUGUUUGGACCCUUCGGAGCAGUAACUAACGUGAAGGUCAUCCGUGACUUUAACACCAAUAAGUGCAAAGGCUUUGGGUUUGUGACUAUGACAAACUACGACGAGGCAGCUAUGGCCAUAGCUAGCCUGAAUGGAUACCGCCUUGGGGACAGAGUUCUGCAGGUCUCCUUUAAAACAAACAAAACGCACAAAGCCUAACAAAGUUAUUCUCAGUGCAUUAAUAUUUGAAAUCUAUACAACAAAGGCAAUUUACGAGAAGCUUUCUGGUAGUAAGUGCCUCUGUUGUAUACGAGUGUGGAUAUGGGGAUAAAAUGACUACUUAGCAUCCUAAGAAUAUGUGAGAUUUUUUUAUUGCUAAUAUUUGAAUUAGAACUUCUUAAAUACCUUUUGUGUUUGAAUAUUGAAAAGAGGUACAGGGUUUUUACCUGUCACAGUGCAUUCUAUUGCCUUCUUUGAAGAAGGUGGACCUUUUAAAAUGUUUCAGCUAAGGGAAGAAGUUUUUGUUUUGGUUUAUUUUUUAUUACAUGAUUGCCAUUAACCUAUGAGUAAAUGUUGAGGCUUUGUGUUGCUUAAGUUACUUAACUUGACUACUUAAGUUUGUUUUGUAAUAUCUUGAUCUGCCUUGUGUUUAAUUUACAACUUGAUGAGUUGCUGUUGUCAUUGUUGUUGGAAAGUAUUUGAAGUUUACAUCUUAUUUAUAAAGUUAUACACAGUAUUUAUUUUCUAGUUAGUGUUUGGGUUGGGAAAGGGGAACACAUUAUAAAAGCUUAUUGUAAGAAUACUGGAGAACUUUUCGUAAAGCAGUACCUUGCCAAAGAGAUAAGAGCCUCUUUGAUGUGGGUUUAAAAAAAAAAAAGCAUCUAUUUUUAUAUUUAAAAAAAAAAGAUUAAAAAAAAUUUGGAGAAACUUUUUACUGGUCCUGGAACAAAUAUUUUGACUUGAAUACUUUGAGAAGUCUCUUCAUAUGACACCUUGUGAGCUUUUAAACCUUACCAGGAAAUUUGCAGUUGUUGGGGGAAAAUUUAGAAAGAUUUAUGAUAUAGAAAUACAUUUGAGACAUUUCUAUUAAUAAGUAGAGUUGAUGGGAUGCACUGUUGGUUUCAUUUUUGUAAUCAUCAGUGGAGUUUUUGAUCAUCCUGGUUAUUAAGUGAUAGGUGGCUCACAUUAACUUGUGAUUUUGAAACAAGAAAACUAAAAAAAAAAAACUAUAUAAGAGCAAGCAGGAAGCUUAAAUACUAAGAGACGGGGGAAAAAAAAUCUGUUCUUCCUAAAGAAUUCCCUUCAGAUAGAGCUCAUGGUGUUUAGUGAUGUACUUGCUAUUGUUUGAAGAAUUGUUUUGUCUUAAGAAAAGACAUUGUGCAUGGUUUGCACAGCAGUUGGAUAUGUUUGGAGGUAUUUUGAAAGUUAUGUUCAAAGCUAACACCUGAGCUUUGUGUAAUGUAAAUAAGACCUUGAGUUAUGAACCUUUCAGCUAAUUUUGAUUUUUGUUUAUUUUUCAACUUACAUGCCAAGUGAUGGUCAGUUCUGAAUGUUUUUGUAUGAGUUUUUUCUUUGUAAAUGGCAUUAACAUUGUUACUUGAGGUCUGCUUAUUUUUGUUGUCCUGAGGACUUGAAUUUACAGUGCAUCGAAUCUGUUGCUAUUUUUGUCUGUAGAUAGUCUAGCUUCAGCUGUUUAUAGUGAUGCUACAUUUUGGGUUAUAAAUAUGUUUGUGGUUAAAAAUGAGUAUAAUCAUAAGUUUUGAACAAAUUUCCUUACAUUUUUCAUACAAAACCCAUAAAUACCUGUAUGCUACUGAAAUUUAACUUUGUAUAAUGCUUAAAUCACUAUUUGGGGACAUAGAAAGUUUACCAUGUAUUGAAGAAAUUAAAGAAUUACAGAAUAUUUUCUGAUUAGCAUCUAGCUUAUAUUAAAUUUUUGAGGAGAAAAAAAAGCUGAGGGUUUUGAUGCCUUCGCCAGGAUGCACUGACAACUAUGUAGUUACGUCCUGCUUUUUGUAUAAACUGAGAUGCUCAUAUGCUUCCCCUUAGAAAAAAGCAAUGUUCUAUGCAUAAACAUAGUUGUACACUAUCUUUGCAGUUGCGUUUGGUUCUUAUUCUUUUAAAUUGUAGUUAUAAAUUUUUCAGUAUAGUACAGUACAUAUACUGUGAAGCGCGUGCUAAAGUGAAUAAGCAAGUUUUCAUGCUGACCCACUCAAUGCUAUUCAAAAAUCAAUUGGCUUCCUGAGCACUUUCUCAUUCUUAGGUGCAUUUAGAUGGUUAAAGCUCUUCUGCGUUAAAUUGUAUAUACUAUAGGAAACACAAUCUUUCCAAUAUAGGGAAAACAGUAGCAACAUGCUUCUUUCCUUAUACUACUCUAGCAAACAACGGCAUUGAUGAGAAGGCAUGUAAAUUGGGCUUCACUUUACAGUGUUAUCAGAGCACUUAGUAAAAUGUAAGGUUGGUAUUUAUUUGAAGAUGUAUAGUUAAUUCACAUCUGUUGGAAUAGAAAAUAUAUUCUGUUGAGUAUUUAAGAGGUUGUACAUGUUUUCUUUUGUGUUUGGAUUCUUUGUACUUUUUCAUGUUCAGUACAUCAAUAAACAAAGUUGAA